UCUCUGAAAUUCAACCAUACAUUUUCCUAUGUUUAUUCCUCCCAUUUGAUAUUAAUUGUUCCUAAGGAACCAACCAACCCCUUCUUCUUUUUGCAUUAAUAAUAUUAAUAUUCCUACCAAGAGAGAACAAGAACUCAUUUGACACACAGCAAAAUACAAAGAAGAAAUAAAGAGAGGAAAACAAGAGAACUUGACACUUAUCAUGUCAGAAGGGGAAUCUCAUAUUCUUCUUCCCAUUGCAUUACUUAAUUUCUUCAUUCUCAUAACAGGUAGGCUUGUUUGUGGAUAUUCACUGGAGACUGACAAGCAAUUACUUCUGAACCUGAAGUCAUUUCUUGAGGAUCAAAAUCCUAUUGACAGAGGUUUUAAAUACACUCAAUGGAAUCCUACAGAUUUGUCACCUUGCAAAUGGCCUGGUAUUUCAUGCAAUACUACCAGUAAUCGUGUCACUGGAAUCGAUCUCUCGGACAACAAUCUGGCUGGGAAAUUGUUUGAUAAUUUCUCAUCCAUGACAGAAUUGACCUCGCUUGACCUGUCCAAGAACACAUUUUCAGGAUCCUUUCCAGCAGACUUAAGCCGGUGUCAAAAUCUGAAAUUCUUCAACUUGUCACACAAUAUUAUUGAUGGUGAGUUCAACUGGACUGGUUUAAACAAGCUGGAAGUUCUUGAUUUGACGAUGAACAGGAUUCGUCGGUUAACAAUCCCUGAAAGUUGUGACAACUUAGUUGUUGCAAAUAUUUCUAGUAACAAUUUCACUGGUGAGAUUGGAAGAGUAUUUGAUCAGUGCUGGAAUCUGAAGUAUCUUGAUCUGAGCUGCAAUGAAUUGACAGGGAAUUUGUCACUCAGGUUUGAUAAGCUGAACAUGUUUUCAGCAUCUCAUAAUCAAUUCAGGGGGUUUUUACCUUCCUGGAUUUUCACCCAAAAUUGCUCUUUGCUAGUUUUAGAUUUAUCAGAAAAUCUAUUAUUUGGAGAAUUGCCAACAUCCAUUUCUAGUUGUAAAGAAUUAGUAAAGUUGAAUUUGUGGGGCAAUAACUUUUCAGGGUCAAUCCCUAGAGAGAUUGGAUCAAUACUGAGUCUUAAAGAACUUUCCUUAGGAAGCAAUAGCUUUUCAAGUGAUAUUCCAGAGACAUUAUCAGGCCUAAGCAAAUUGGUUUUUCUGGACCUAAGUAAAAACAACUUUGGAGGAGAAAUACAAGAAAUUUUCGGGCAAUUGACACAGGUGAGAUUUCUCAUGUUGCAUGGAAACUCUUAUAUUGGAGGUAUAGUGUCAUCAGGUAUUCCGAACUUGGUGAACCUUUCGCGGUUGGACUUAAGUGAUAAUCACUUCACUGGUCCAUUACCAGUUGAAAUUUCGCGGAUGAAAGGUUUGGAGUUUUUGAUUCUUGCUUACAACCAAUUUAGAGGCAAUAUACCUUCAGAAUAUGGAGAUCUUCUUAAACUUCAGGCUCUUGAUCUUUCCUCUAAUAGGUUAACAGGUUUAAUACCACCAAGUUUUGGUAAGCUAAGGUCAUUAUUGUGGUUAAUGCUCGCAAACAAUUCAUUGAACAGUAUACAACGAAAAUUCUAA